GCAGUUCGCCACCUACAGUCGCGGAGCCAUGGAACCAUUCGAGGACGAAUUGAACGGGCAGUACACUCUGCUCGAAACCAUCGGCUCAGGCGCCUUUGCCAAGGUAAAGCUUGCCGUCCACGUCCUGACGGGCGAGAAAGUCGCGAUCAAGAUAAUAGGCAAAUGCUCCCUCGGAAUGGACUUGCGUCGCGUGAAUCUGGAAAUAGCCGCGUUGAAGGACUUCGCCCACCAGAACAUCUGCAGACUCUACCAAGUGAUCGAGACGAGCUACAGGAUAUACCUCGUCCUCGAGUACUGUCCCGGUGGCGAGCUCUUCGACUACGUCGUGCAGCGGAAGCGACUCGACGAGGACGAGGCGAGGCAUUUCUUUCGACAGAUCGUUUCCGCCGUAGCUUACGUCCACCGGCGGGGAUACGCGCACAGGGACUUGAAACCUGAGAACUUGCUCCUGGACGCGGACUGCAACGUAAAGCUAAUCGAUUUCGGACUAUGCGCGAAGCCCAGGACAGGGAUGGCCGCCAGCUUGAGAACGUCCUGCGGUAGCGCCGAGUACGCUGCACCCGAGCUCCUCGCUGGCCGAAAGUACGCAGGAUCCGGGGCUGACAUCUGGAGCAUGGGAGUCCUGCUUUACGUGCUUCUUUGUGGCCGCCUUCCUUUCAACGCCGAUAAUAUGGCCGUCCUUAUCAGGAUUAUUCAACGGGGCAAGUAUAACUGCCCCGAUUACCUGUCUGACAGGUGCGUAAACCUGCUAUCCCGGAUGAUGGCUACCUCUCCUGACCGGCGAAUCACAAUGGCGCAGCUCGUCAACCACCCGUGGCUCGUCGAAGGCUACGGGAGUCCCGUAAGCGUGGAGAGCACUUGUUCGGGGUCUCUUCUAGAUGAUGAAGUGGUCGCAGAAAUGGCUGUUGCCUGUGGUCGUCCCAAAAAUUCCGUGACUGCCGAAAUUAACCGGCGAAAGUGUGACUACGUGGCCGCUACGUACCAGUUACUCGUCGAGAAAAAGAACCGAGGAGAGACCGUUCGGCUUUUGCUUCCGGUACACCACCCUAGAACAACGACGCCUAGCGUAAGCUCACUCAGACGUGUGGUCAAGCGACCCACAGGCAGAACUUUCCUCCGCUGGUCACCCCUGUGCAACUUGAUGGAACGCUGUAUGGAACCACUCGCGCUGGUCAAGGAUAAUGUCAACGGGAUUCGCGCCCGCCUACCACUGCGAAAGUCUAAAGAGCUGCGAGAGGGUCACUUUGAUUCGCCAAAGGACGACAAGAACGCCUCCAGCCAGUCUGACCUCCCGACGCCUGCGAGGAAGGGACACAAAGGCACGCAGGACGUGUUGGUGCUGCUGAAUGUCGAAGGUGAGACUCUCAGUGUUAGCACUUCGAUAGCCACCGAGAGCCCGCAACAGCCGGGCGCCAACUUGCGACAAGGUCAUCGCAUAUCUCCUGACUGCGACAAGACGGUCGGAUCUUCGUCGCCACGUUUCGGCUGUUCGGCCAAGAACGUGUUUAGCUUCAUAGAAAAAGGAAUCUGCCGAACGCGCCUGAUGCUGAAGUCUCGCCAGGGGUCACGAUCCGGAUCGCUCCAGAACGGUCCUAGGAAGGUCGAAGUAGCGCGGAACGUCUCCAGCGUGCCAGCAACGCUGACGCCAGAUCAAAUACUCGACUGCUUGCGAGCUGCGCUGCAGCGAAUAGGAAUCGUGUGCAAGCAGGAGCAGCACACUCUUUGGGGUAAAGUGCUCGACGACCGAGGCAAGGUUCAGCUGACCUUCGAGCUCGAGAUUGUCGAGGUGCCGCAGCCCGGUCUAUUGGGAAUCAGCCGUAAGCGUCUGAACGGCAACUCCUGGCACUACAAGCGCGUCUGUGAGGAAGUGCUGAAGAUUAGUGCCGCUCUGCUGUAGCGCCCGUACAAUCCUGUGUUUAGUCUUGAAGGAAGAAUUCUUCAAGUACCUUAUCGACUUUCUAAAUAAAAUACCCUGGACAUAA